AUGGCAGCCGCGGCGAGGUCAACGUCCAUCCUCCGCCGCUCUCUUCUCUAUGUCCCCUCCUCGUCACAGAAAAUGCUCACAAAGUCCCUGGGCCUAACCUCGGACAACAUUACAUAUGACCUGGAGGACUCGGUCACGCCAUCUCUCAAGCCAGAGGCUCGAAAACAACUCAAGUCGCACAUUUCCUCCCUGAAAACCCGCCCGUCAUCAAUCUCAGAACUUGCUGUUCGAGUCAAUGCCGUCUCCACCUCCUUCGCGCUCGAUGACCUAACGUCUCUGGCCUCUGAACAACUCGUUGAUGCAGUUGUCGUGCCCAAAGUCGAGUCGGCGGCUGAUUUGACAUUUGUCUCUGAUGUUCUGCGACAUGUAUCCCCAGAAAGACAUGCAGACAACUCAGCCAACCCCGUCAAGAUCAUAGCUCUGAUAGAAUCUGCCAGAGCCGUCAUGGACCUGUCUAGCAUCUGCCGAGCAUCUCCCUUUUUGAGCGGUCUAAUAUUUGCCGCCGAGGAUUUUGCUCUCGACUUGUCCAUUACAAGGACUCCGUCUCUCACCGAGUUUCUCUACGCCCGCUCUGCAAUAGUCACGGCCGCCAGGGCCGCUGGCUUACCGAGUGCCAUAGACUUGGUCUGCACCUCAUACCGUGGCGAGCAAGGCAUUAAGAGGCUUCAAGAGGAAUGCGAGGGAGGAAAAUCAAUGGGAUUCAACGGCAAACAAUGUAUCCACCCCAACCAAGUCGACAUUGUCCAAAACUUGUUUGCCCCAACCAAUGAAGAGGUUGAAUGGGCCGUUCGGGUAGUCAUUGCUGACGAAAAGGCCGCAGCCUUGGGUAGAGGAGCCUGGACACUAGACGGUAAGAUGAUUGAUGCUCCGGUCUCUGGCAAAGCUCGAGCCGUCGUUGCAAAGGCUGAGCAGUGCGGAUUUGACGUCCCUGAGCUGAGGCGGAAAUGGAACCACCAGGAACCUGAAUGA